UUCUCAGAAAUGGCCUCGUGCAGCAGCUUCCUGUCUGAAGAGCAGUUUCAGUGCCCCAUCUGCCUGCAAGUCUUCACCAGCCCGGUCUCCACUCCCUGUGGACACAGUUUCUGCAAAGCCUGCAUCCAGGGCUACUGGGAGGGCAGCGACUCCUUCCAGUGUCCCAGAUGCUGGAGGAGGUUCUCUGGGAGGCCGGACCUGUGUGAGAACACGUUUGCAAGAGAAAUGGCUGAGGAGCUGAGGAGGAUGAGGAGAGGGAGCUGUGAGUUGCAGCCGGGCGGGGCCGGGGGCGGGGCCGAGGGUGUGGCCUGUGAUGUCUGUGUGGGGGUGGGGCUGAAGGCGGUCAGGUCCUGCCUGGUCUGUCUCGCCUCUUACUGCCAGCCUCACCUGGAGCCCCAUCAGAGGGUGGCGGGUCUGAAGAGGCACAAGCUCAUCGCCCCCGUGAGGAACCUGGAGGACAGGAUGUGCAAGAAGCACGAGAGACUCCUGGAGCUCUUCUGCAGAAGCGACCAGACCUGCGUUUGCGUGCUGUGCAUCGAAACCGACCACAGGGCGCACUACACCGUCCCUGCAGAGAGAGCCUGGACAGAGAAGAAGGCUCAGCUGAGGAAGACUAUGGUGAAGAUGCAGCAGAUGAUACAGGACAGACAGAGGAAGGUGGAGGAGAUCAGACAGUGUGUGGAGCUCAGCAGAAGCAGCACACAGAGAGAGAUUGACGACAGCAUGCAGGUCUUUAGCGCUUUGGUACGCUCCAUUGAGAUGCGCCAGGCUAAGCUCACUGAGGAGCUGGAGGAGAAACAGAGAGAAGCAGAGAGACGUGCUGAAGGCCUGAUUAAAGAGCUGGAGCAGGAACUCACUGAGCUGCAGAGGAGAAGCACUGAGCUGGAGCAGCUCUCACGCACCGAGGACCACCUCCACUUCCUACAGACCUUCCCAUCGCUGUGCACACCCCCUCACACCAGGGACUGGUCUGAUGCCACUGUCCACACUGAUGUGUGUGUGGGGACUGUGAGGAGAGCUGUGUCCCAGCUGGAGGAGACACUCAGGGAGGAAACUGACAGACUGGCAGAGAAAGAGUUGCAGAGGAUUCGGCAGUAUGAAGUGGCCGUGACUCUGGACCCCAGCACCGCAAACCCCUGGCUGGUCCUGUCUGAGGACGGCUUGCAGGUGAUGGAUGGGGACGCUGAGCAGGAGGUGGUGGAUGGCCCGCGGAGGUUCGACACCGCGCCCUGCGUGCUGGGCAGGGAAGCCAUUCUGGCCGGGAGACGCUACUGGGAGGUACAGGUCAGGGCCAAAACAGCCUGGGAUCUGGGAGUGGCACGGGAGUCCAUCAACAGGAAGGGCGUGGUCACGCUGAGCCCAGAGGAUGGCUACUGGACGCUGUGUUUGAGGCAGGGGACUGAGUACAGGGCCUGUGCUGGAACCCCACUCCUCCUCCCCCAGAGAGAGAAGCCCAGGACAGUGGGGGUGUAUGUGGAUUAUGAGGGGGGUCAGGUCUCCUUUUACAAUGUGGAGGCCAGGUCUCAUAUCUACUCCUUCACUGGUUACACCUUCACUGAGAGACUCUAUCCAUACUUCAACCCUGAUAUGAAGGAUGGUGGGUCCAACAGUGCUCCCCUGAUUAUCAAUGCCCCUGUCAAUCAUGUCAGAGGCGGAGCGUCUUUAACUGACAGCAGGAAGGAGGGACAGUGUAUUUACGAUGACGUCACAAUCUAA